ACAAUUUGUUCCCGAAAUCACUUUUUUUUAGACUUAAUUCGAUUGGAUUAAAAGAAUUUUGUUAUUCAAGUAUAGAUAUAGAUAAAAAAAAAAUUGUCAUUUUUUAUAUAUCUGUUCUAUUCUAUGACGUCUCCUCUCCCGUGUUUUUAGAUAAUAUAUGCUUCAGAUAACUAUUUUCAAGGAAAAGAAACAACGUCAGCUUCGACAGAGACAUCUUGAAAAUUGACGAUUCGAUAGUCGGGCUACAACUCAACAGUGUCGCUUUGUCGCACGACUGAUUGGCUUCGGUUAACUGUAUGAAUGAAUACAUUCGCAUUGUGAACCGAUGUUUGUCAUACAACGUUAUACGAAUAUUAUUUGCGAUAAUCAGAUUUUUUAGAUGUCUCUGUCAAAGUCGGCAUUGCUUUUUUUUUAGUGAAUAUAGUUUUGUGAAAUAUAAAUAUAUUAUUAAUCAACUGCGGAUAUUUAUGCAAAUUCAUAUUCAUGUUUAUCAAGACUUGUUCCACUUACUAAAUAUUACAACACGUAUGCUUUACUUCGUAUUUCUGAUACAUAUUUUAAUAUUACACACAUUCUGUCAAUUUUUUCACUUCCAAAUUUUGUGUUAAUGUAUAAACAUUCACAAUUUAAUUAUUAAGAAAUACACGGAAAAGAAUAUAUAGUAGAACAGAUAUACAACAGAAUAAAAUUCUGCGAAAUUCUUUAUUGUCAGCUACGAGACAAUGACAAUUUUAUAAUAUUUUAAUAAAAUGAAACUAUGCAAUAACCAACUUUUAACAAAUAGAGUUUUUUAAAGUGCCACAUGUGUGGGCUGUAGAACAGUCUAUUAAAGAAAUUGCUGAAUGAAGAAUUAAUGGAUUAAAAUACAUGACGUUUGACCGUAUCAUAAAGUCAAUCCAUCGGCCUCCCUAAUAUUUAUCAGGGAUGGUUAAGAGUAACCAAUCCCAACGAACACUCAAUAGAGCACAAACGCGAAUAUGUACUUUAUAUACAGAAGAAAGUAUAAUAUAUUCCAAAACGUGUUAGCACUUCUCCAAAAAUACUUGUGCAAUCGCAAAAGUAUUGACGCCAUGUCCCCAUUAUAUAUAUGUAUAUAUAUAUAUAGGGGUGCUUCGGAAGAAAGCAUCGCAGUUCUUCGGAGAACGUCUAUAGCUAUAAAAAUGAUGCGAUUUGUUAUACUUGGAACAUUGAUUGUUUUAUCUACGGCUCAGUUUCAAUCUACUAGAAGAAUUUUAGAAGCACCAAUCCCUGCGCUUUGUGCACAAAGGGUAAUUCAUGAACGUUUCAAUGGCAAGGGUUAUUACUAUUCAUGGGCUGAUCCAAGAACAAAUGGACAAGAACUUGAUUGGUUAGCAGGUAGAAAUUUCUGUAGGCAACGAUGUAUGGACCUUAUUUCCCUGGAGACUUCUGCCGAAAAUGAGUUUAUUAAAAGUCGCAUUGUGCAAAAUAAUGUGAAAUAUAUUUGGACAUCUGGUCGGCUUUGUGAUUUCAAAGGAUGCGAUAGACCUGAUCUUCAACCUCUUCAUAUUAAUGGUUGGUUCUGGACUGCAGAAUUACAGAAGCUUGCACCUGCUAAUGAUCGCGCUAAUAAUGAUUGGUCCGAAAGUGGAGGUAUUGGAAAACCACAACCUGAUAAUCGUGAAGCUAUACAACAAGGAGGUGCACCAGAAAAUUGUUUAGCAGUAUUAAAUCAGUUUUAUAAUGAUGGAGUAAAUUGGCACGACGUUGCUUGUCAUCAUAAGAAACCAUGGGUGUGUGAAGAUAAUGAUUCUUUACUGAGAUAUGUUCAUUUCACCAAUCCUAAUAUUCGUACUUAAAAUAUAUAAGGAAAUUUGAAACUCCAAAUUUGUACAGAAUGCACACAAUAUGACAGAAUAUAUAAAAUAUUCAAAGCACAUUGCUUUUCAUAUUAUUUGAUAUAUAAAAGAAUUGUCAACCAAGGUUUUAUUUUCUUCAUAAUAUUCUCAAAAAUUAUUUCCAGUUAAUUUACAUAAA